AUGACGACAAGCGGACAACCACGUUACAUGGACGACGAAGAAUGGCCAUUGAAGUGUGAUAGACGUGCUGCCGUGUUGUGUGUGGCGGAUGACGCGUGCCUUAAUACUAUUCUGGAUAAAAUUCUUGGAAUACAGACGCAUCGCAACAAUACUCCGCAAUUUCAUUUCAAAGAUUCUGAAAUCCGUCAUAUCGUAUUUAAACAACAACUUAUUUAUAAAGAUUUUUGUAAUAAUCCAGUUCCAUAUACAAUUCAAAAACACAACAGAUUUGACGAACUGAAUGGUGCAAAGGUAGUGGCUACAAAGCACAUAAAAAAAAACAUUGUGUUGUUUGAGCUAUGUGGACAAUUAUAUCCAUUUAGUGACAAAUUCCUAAUACCAGGGGUAAACGACUUCUCCACUGUCACUUCUAGCGUAAAUGACAAAGACUAUAUGUUUCUUGGCCCAGUGUCAUUCAUCAAUCACGACUGCCACCCAAAUACCCAGUGGCACAGUAGAACAAAGACAUUAUCUUGUGUCAAGACACUAAGAGAUAUAUUUACAAACGAAGAAAUAACUUUGUUCUAG